AAAAUGUUGACGGGAAGAAGGUAAAUGGGGUAUGGGACAAGACUAUCAAUUUAUUAAGCGGAAACCCAUUUUCAGAAAGACAUCAAAUAUUCAAAUUUAUUAUACGAUCUGUCUACGACGCUAGCUUUCUCAGCGAAAAUAAGAUUAUAUAUUUACUUGAACGAUUACAAAAUGCUGAUGAUAACUUAUUAACUAAAAAGCUUAAAAUAUGA